ACGUACCUAUCGAUCUCUUCCGGGUUUCUCAUGAUCUUCAUGUUCCACGUAUUCCACAUGGUCUGUACUCUUCUCUCAGUAUUUUCUGCAUUUUUUAACACGAUGGCUGAAGUACCAAAGAAUGGCGAGAGGACUUUCAUAAUGGUGAAGCCUGACGGGGUACAGCGUGGACUUGUCGGGGACAUCGUCCAUCGCUUUGAGAAGCGUGGAUAUAAAAUGGUCGCUGGGAAGAUGAUGAAGCCCGAUGAGGAACUCCUUAACGUUCACUAUGGUGACCUCAAAACUAAGAAAUUCUUCCCUGGACUUAUCAAGUUCAUCUCCAGUGGACCAGUCUUUGCAAUGGUAUGGGAAGGAAAGAAUGUCGUGAAGCAGGGUCGUGUAAUGCUUGGAGAGACUGACCCUCUUCUUUCAAAGCCUGGAUCCAUCCGUGGGGACUACUCAAUCGACCUCGGUCGCAACAUCUGCCACGGCUCAGACAGCGUGGAGUCGGCCGACAAGGAGAUCAACCUCUGGUUCAAGAAAGAUGAAGUCAUGGACUACAAACUCUGCACCGAGGGAAAUGUAUAUGAAUAGAUCUAAUGCCGUCUGGGCCCCAUCUUACAAAGAGUUGUGAUUGAUCAUUCAAUCGCAACUUUGCAGUCUCCCAUCUCUUAACUACAUAGUUGCGAUUGAUAUCAAUCGUAAAUAAGUUGCGAUUGAUAUCAGCUCUUUGUAGGACGGGACUUUGGUCUAUACAAUUCCUUGUUAAAUUUAUGUUCCCUGUCACAAUGUCAUUCACAGGACUUGCACUAUUUAAAGAUAAUCAUGUGCUCAAUGUAAUUCUGCUGUCAAUAUAUGAUUCCACUUGUAGAAUGUUAUGUUGUGUUUAAAGCACAAUUUGAUGUAAUCUCUGUGCCUAAUUUAAUUUGUGUUAGACACAAACCAAAAUUCAUUCCAAAUGGAUUCAUGUACAUUGAGAUAGACUACAAUGGAUUUUUUGUGCAAAUGUAGCGAACAAUUACCGUGAUUCUUGAAUACAUGUACAUGUACAGUAUGCCACUACAAGCUGUGUGGAUGUGGGAAUUUUAUCGCCCAGAAAAUCAUCAUGAAUUAGACAAUGACGGUCACAGUACAGUAUAUACCACAGUCUGCCAUUUUUUGUUAGAUAUCUUGUUUAAGAGAGAGAAAAUACAUGAGAAAGUACACCAAAAAAAAUUGUAGUAUUUGAUUUUCAUUUAUUUCUUUGUGCUUAGCCUCUUCAGAGAUAGUAACUAUCUAUACAUGGGUAGAUAAAGGUCAUUAGUACAAAACUUUAAAACCCAUCAGGACGACUUCUAAAAGUUAUUUAAUCAUUAUUCAUAUAUGCCUUGGCGGUACAUUAUAUGACACACGGGUGGAAGUAUUCUUUUCAAGAGGGCAAACAAAAUGUAUUGAUGAAGCACCUCCAUCACUUUGGCAGUGAUUAUUCUAAAAUGCAAAAAGCAGGAAGUCUACAUGUGUAAAAAAAAAUCUGUGGAUAUUUGGACGUCAUUUGUAGAAUUGCUAUCUCUGAAGUGGCUUAUUACGUUGAGAUGGUUUGAGAGGGUCUGAGCAACAUUUGUGGGGUACUGAAGCAAGCUCAAUCCAUAUUGUUCAGGUCAGCAAGAUAAUUAGAAGGAAAAAACACAGUAGGAUUCAUCUCUCAAAAUAUUGUAUUUUAUAGUCACAAUUUCCUUGUGUUGUGCAUUUUGUAACUGAUUAUAAAGCUGAGGAAUACAUUAGCCAGUUGAGAGUUCUCUCUGUGAA